CAUUUCUUCACUAAUAUGUUUCCAGUGACCUGGGGCUCUUGGUAUGACCAUGUGAAAGGUUACUGGAAAGAAAAAGAGAAGAGGAAUAUUCUUUACCUUUUCUAUGAGGAUAUGAAAGAGAACCCUCGCAGAGAAAUAGUGAAAAUAAUGGGGUACUUGGACCUGUCAUUAUCUGAUGCCAUUAUUGAUAAGAUUGUGAAGUUGACAUCCUUUAAAGUUAUGAAGGACAACCCAAUGGCCAACUACUCAUUCAUGCCAAAGGAAAUGUAUGACCAGUCCAUCUCUACUUUCAUGAGAAAAGGGGAGGUUGGAGACUGGACCAACUACUUCACACCAGCUCAGUCCCAGAUGUUUGAUGAGGACUAUGCCAGACAAAUGGCUGACAUGGACAUUCCUUUUCGCACCAAAAUAUGAAAAACGUCAAGAAGAAUCAAAACCUGCACUUUAAGAUGAAUCAAAAAUCAAUCAAAAUGUCAGAUUUUGCUGAUUUAUGCUCCUGUACAAACAACCUGUACAAACAUUAUUCAUUUUUGACUGCAUUUUGAUCUGAACUUGAUAGGGCAAAAUAUUUGACUGUAAAUAUAUAAUGUUCUAAAAUUAACCAAUAAUGUGGAAUGAGAUAUGCCAUGCAGCAUAUAUAUUAUAAAAUGCAAUCAAUAACAAGUGCACCAAACCAAAGCAGAAAGACCUCCUAACCAAAGACAGCACCAUUUUUGGCAAAAGUUUUUAAAAAUUGUUUGAUGUAUAAUCAUUUACAGCAUUGUUGACCCGAACAAUUAAUACAUAA